AUGUUCGCUACCAGAGUCCUCCGCCAGGCCGCCGCUCACGCCGAGCGUACCCCGAGCAUCAAGUUCCUUGGCCGCCGCUCCAUUCCUUCUUCCAUCGACCACAGCCCCGCGCCUCACCCAGCUUCGCCCACCGGCAAGCUUCCCGCCAACUUUGGCAACGGCUCCGCCUCCCCCAAGCACACCAGCUUCAGCUCCUACCGCGACCACGCCCAGCAGCACGGUCCCCUCCAGCGCACCAUCGGCUCCGGCGUAGGCGGCUCUACCGGCCACCAGCUCGGCUCCGUCGUUCCCCCCUCUGGCGUCGCUUUCGACCGCUCCGAGCUCCCUGCCCGUUUCCGCCGCCAGCCCCUCGACAUGGCUGAGAUUGAGGCUGUCGAGUCCGGCGGCGCUGCCCUCUUCGGCUGA